ACACUGCGCGAGACGGCGGGGGACGGGGCGCUCUGCUCUACAAGUGACUGGAUACGCACGUUCCAAAUAUCGAGGACAAAAGCGCGCGGACACGGAGAGACAGAGAGGGGGGAGAGCGCGAGAGGGGAGACGACGACGGACCGUGGUGCGAGCAGCGUUACCCUUGGGGGGUAAAAAUGACCGUAGUCCCCGGAGAAAACCUCGACGAGACUGUGGCAUUGUCCGCCCUGUCCCAGGAUGUCUAUGACCCGGAGCGCGCGGAUCAGGAGUGCUGCGAGAGGGUGGUCAUCAACAUCUCCGGACUGCGCUUCGAAACUCAGCUGAAAACCCUCGCGCAGUUCCCCGCCACCUUGUUGGGGGAUCCAAGGAAGAGGAUGCGUUUUUUUGAUCCGUUGAGGAAUGAGUACUUCUUUGACAGGAAUAGACCCAGCUUUGACGCGAUACUCUAUUAUUACCAGUCCGGGGGGCGGCUCCGCAGACCUGUCAAUGUGCCCGUGGACAUAUUCAUGGAGGAGAUUAAAUUUUAUGAAUUAGGAGAAGAGGUCAUCGAAAAUUUCAAGGAGGAUGAAGGUUUCAUUAAAGAGGAAGAGCGCCCGUUGCCAGACAAUGAAUUCCAACGUCAAGUCUGGCUUUUGUUUGAAUACCCGGAGAGCUCGGGGCCAGCGCGCGGAAUCGCGAUAGUUUCGGUCAUGGUCAUUCUGAUAUCGAUUGUGAUUUUCUGCCUGGAGACCUUGCCCGAGUUCAGGGAGGAUAACAGACUGCACGGGGAGCACCUGGCGUUGAACAGAACCGUCCCGAUGAAGAAACCGAACCCGUUCACGGACCCGUUCUUCAUCGUGGAGACACUGUGCAUCAUAUGGUUCUCCUUCGAGCUGCUGGUCAGGUUCCUGGCGUGCCCCAGCAAGCCCGCGUUCUUUAAAAAUAUCAUGAACACCAUCGACAUCGUGGCCAUCAUGCCCUACUUCAUCACCCUCGGCCUGGAGCUCGCGGAGCAUCAGGGUAACGGUCAGCAGGCCAUGUCGUUGGCCAUACUGAGGGUCAUCCGUCUGGUUCGAGUCUUCCGGAUCUUCAAGCUCUCCAGACACUCCAAAGGCCUCCAGAUCCUGGGAAAGACGCUUCAGGCGAGCAUGCGCGAGCUGGGGCUGCUCAUAUUCUUCCUCUUCAUCGGGGUCAUCCUCUUCUCCAGCGCCGUGUACUUCGCCGAGACCGACGACCCGGAGUCGGGCUUCAGCAGCAUCCCCGACGCCUUCUGGUGGGCAGUGGUAUCCAUGACUACGGUGGGCUACGGAGACAUGUGCCCGGUCACAAUCGGCGGAAAGAUCGUGGGCUCGCUGUGCGCCAUCGCUGGUGUGCUGACCAUCGCGCUGCCCGUGCCCGUCAUCGUCUCAAAUUUCAACUAUUUCUAUCACCGCGAGACGGAGCACGAGGAGCAGUUCCAGUACACGCACGUCACUUGUGGCCAGCAGCAGCCCUCUUUCGGAGAAUUUAAAAAGAGUGACAGCAAGCCGUCCCUCGCCAAGUCCGAGUACAUGGACUCAGACGAUUUCGAUGCAAUAAAAUAUACUAAUUGUAGCCCGCACAAAGCGUACACGGGCAAGCUGACAGAUGUAUGAUUGUAGACUGCGCGGAAACGGACACAGAGAAACGUGCGUUUCUUGUGAGUACAACCCCCACCCCCUCCCCAUUCGGCACUUUUGCGUAAAUAUAAAAGGCCCACCAUUCUUGACUUAAGAGGAGGGUUUCUAUGACAGGAUCAUCUGGGCAGGAUUACAGAGACGCGAUGUGUUCAUUCUCCCUCUCUGCUCACUGUCUUCCAUUGUCUGCACCCGCGUUACUCAAUGCGUAAAGUCCGAGUUUAGCAAGUGAAAUCAACCUCAUAUCCAUUAUAUGCCUAACCUCUAAUUGUAGCACUUUAUCAUCAUAACCCUAGAAAUGUAGGCUAUAAGGUACCAAGUCUAGUUGUGUCAUUAAGGAAGUUUACAGGUCUGCUUAUUUAGUGAAAAUAGCGCGAAAAGAAGGACCCAUUAAAAUAAACCAGUAAUGUACUGAACGCUAC